AUGAAGGCGGCACUCUUCCAGCUCACUUGCCUUGCCGUCCUGGCCACUGCUAUACCACUCCCUGGCACUGGCGAUCUCGACCUCGUGGCCCGCGAAGUCCCGCAGGAGCACUCUCAUCAGAAGAUUCUAACGGCGGUUGCAAAGUCGUUGAACCUGAACAACCCUGCUAAGAUUGUGGAUCCUGUAUUUGCUCUUCUGGGCAAUGCAGCAGCAGCAGCCGGCGCAGGCUCAAUCACCGACCCAGACUGCCUCCAACAAGCCGUCGCCGACCAAGCCUUCACCAACGCCAAAGCACAAGGCGACAUCGAGGGCAUGACGGCAGCGCUGAUCUUCCGCACGCUGGAGCGCAACACGGGCGCGGUGGGCAACAAGAGCGCGCCCUGCACGAGCCUGCAGGCCGUCAACCCGGAGAUCGCGGCGCUGCAGCAGCAUCAGGACCCUGCGUCGGAGGGCGCGGCCGCCCUCAACAAGCAGAUUGCGCUCGAUCUGGCGGUGCAGAUCGCUAAGAUUGGCGGGAACCCGCAGGAUGCGAUUCAGAGUGGAACGUUUGCGCCGGGGCAGAUUGGCGAUCCGACUGCUAGGGGGAAUUCAUGUGACGACCCAAACGACGCAGAGGGAUGCAUCUUCACGCAGAACCUCCUCGUCCCGGACGUGACGGCCGAUGAGAUCAAUGCGGCUGUUGCGUCGGCUGGUAUAGCUGUCAGUGCUGCUGCCACAGCAACAGCUACAGCGACAGCAGCUGCGACAGCAGCAACGACAACAGCAUCAGCCUGUGCAGCCGCAAAUCCGACAACCAGUCCCUCCUCCUCCUCCUCCUCCUCCUCAAACACUACGCCUACAACCAGCACUCUCGACCUAGGCACCUGCAACGGCAGUUCCCCCUUCAUCGUCUUCGGCCCAGGCUUCGACGGACGCAACGAGGACUCGUUUGAGCCUGCCGACGAGACAACGUUCAACCACGGGUCGGCGCUGAACAUCGGCGUCAUCGCCGAUUUCAUCUGCCAGCGGCUGGUCAGUCCGUGCAAUGCGCCGCAGAGCACGAUCGAUGCGUGUAAUGCGGGGACGCAGGCGGCGACGGCGGCUGGGGUGGAGGGACAGGCGGCUGCUGAUGCGUUUAAUGCGAAGUUGGCUUGA